UGGGUCUGGUGAUGUUCAGCGUCGCUCUGCUCAUUUUGUCAUUGAUCAGUUACGUGUCCAUCAAGAAAGACUUAAUCUUCACCGCCCCGAAAUACGCCAACGCCGGCGGGCCGCGGAUGUACAUGUUCCAUACGGGCUUUCGGUUUGGAGAAACGCAGCACUGCAUCAGUGUCUCAUCAAUGGAUGCUCUGCAGUGAAUGGGUGCCGUCAGAAUGAGAGUCUGAUAAAAACAUCACAAUAAUCUACAGCACUCCAGUCCAUCAGUGAACAUCUGGAGAAGACAAAAGAUGAAACACAUCCAGCAUUAAGACGUUUUUAACUCAAAUACGAGUCCAUAAUCCAUAAUAACACUUCCUCCUGACAAAAUGUGAUUUAAAUUUAAAAGGCUGCACAGUUAUUGCAUAUAUAUACACAGCAGCAUGAAGACUGUAUAAAGUGCAAGUAAAGCCCUGUGUGUUCUGCUGUUGUGGUUGUGUCAGUCUGUGGCGCUGUCCUUGGUCCUGAUUUACUCCUCUGGCAGUUUUAUGUCCAGUCAGUAAUCAGAUGCUUUUUCUGCAGUCAAGGUUACAUAGCAGGAGUCAUUUUGUUCCCGGCACAUCUUGUUGACGAUAUGACCAUAUGUUACUCAGCUUUACUUUGAGUCAUUUGAACUUGUGCCAGUGAAGAGAGAAUAUACGCCAAAACUAGCAGAACCGCAUUCAAAUGUGUUUUAACCCUUACGCUAUGCUGAAAAUCCUUCACCUAAUUUGGUUUUCCUGAAGAAAAAAGGUGAGGUUUUAAAAAAACUGUUUUAUACAACAGUUUUAUACAACAGCUGCCAUCAGAAAUCACUCUUAACAGAUGAAAGAUAGUACGACAAAGAUAUCGCUUUCCUCAGCGGACAUUCAGACUCAUGUUUUAUUGUGAAUAUGAGAUUAAGCUGAAGAAUGAAUGCUGUAUCAGAUCACACUCUCAGUCCAUCUCUGUCUCAUAACACAGUGAGCUUUAAUACAGUGAUACAAUCAGCUUUCAAUGAAACUCAACAAUCCUUUAUUACUAAAGUUAUAAAGUAACAUUUCUGAAUUAGUAACAGAUCUUGAACUCAGCUGUUAAACUCUCCAACUGAGAUCUGAAUUUGUGGCGGAAGAAAAUUGGUUUGAUAUGUGACAUAUAUUGUGAGUGGCUUGAGUUGUUUUGAAACAGACUGAGCUUUAACAAAUGAGAGUGAGCAAAUGAGCAGGCGUGGAGUAUAAAAGGGGCCAUCGACUGCCCCGGGCACAGGCUGACUGACAGCGGUCUGGAUGGGUCUCAUUGAUUGGAGCCGCUUUCAGCAGCUGCCGUCAGUGGGACGACGUGAUCGGGUCGUCCUGUGAUGUGGAACAGAAACAGUGUUUCUCAUUUCCUCUGUCUGUGCAUCUUCUCAUCAGGUCCCAACUGGCCAUGAAGUUCCUGGAUCCUGCGUUCACAUCACUGAAUAACGCGCUCAACGAGAACCUGCAGGAGUCUAGCAGCUGGAGGUUCAACAAGAGCGCUUAUUUACUGCAGAGUAAAGAGAUCGCCCAGUACAUCGACGUCCCGCACAACUUCACGCUGACCAAGAGCAGCGUUCGCGUGGGUCAGCUAAUGCACUACGACUACUCCAGCCACAAAUACGUCUUUUCCAUCGGCGAGAACCUCAAGUCUCUGCUCCCGGAUUCGUCUCCAGUCCUCAACAAGCGCUUCAACACCUGUGCAGUGGUGGGAAACAGUGGCAUCCUCACCGGCAGCCGCUGCGGCACGCAGAUCGACAGCUACGACUUCGUCUUCCGCUGCAACUUCGCGCCCACCGAGGUUUUCCGUCGCGACGUAGGCCGACGGACCAACCUCACAACCUUCAACCCCAGCAUCCUGGAGAAAUACUACAACAACCUGCUGACCAUCCAGGACAGGAACAACUUCUACCUGAGCCUGAAGAAGCUGGACGGCGCCAUCCUGUGGAUUCCCGCCUUUUUCUUCCACACUUCGGCCACGGUCACGCGCACGCUCGUGGAUUUCUUCGUAGAGCACAAGGGCCAGCUGAAGGUGCAGCUAGCCUGGCCUGGAAACAUUAUGCAGUAUGUCAACAGGUAUUGGAAGACGAAGCAGCUUUCGCCGAAGCGUCUGAGCACAGGGAUCCUGAUGUUCACGCUGGCCUCGUCUCUGUGUGAACAGGUGCACCUGUACGGAUUCUGGCCCUUCGGCUGGGACCCCAACACGGGCAAAGAGCUGCCCUACCAUUACUACGACAAGAAGGGCACCAAGUUCACCACCAGGUGGCAGGAGUCUCACCAGCUGCCCACCGAGUUCAAACUGCUCUUCAAGAUGCACACAGACGGCGUCCUCAAACUCAGCCUGUCCCACUGCGCCUGAGGUCAGAGGUCAGGGUCAGAGGUCAGCGGUCAGGGUCAGAGGUCAGAGGUUUGGGCUAAUGGAUGCUUGUUGUGAUUGCUGUGGAUUUUAUUUCUACAACUAUCGACAGUGGAGUUAUCAGUAACUAAUAUCGUAUUGAGGCGAUCAGGGAUGGAAAGGAAAGUUGGUGACACUUUACAGUAAGGUAACAUUAGUUAAUGCAUUAACUAACAUCAACUAUUACAGUUUUAACCUUAGUUAAUAAAAAUAGGUUUAUGUUUGCACAUCCAUACAGCAAAUUUUUUUGAUUAUAUAUUUCAAAAUAGCCAAAAAAUAAUAAUGAUUUCAAAAUAUAUUUACUUAAAAAAAUCAAUCCAUCCUUCAAUUAAUUAAUUUAAAGACUAAAAAUAGAUUAAAAAAGCCUAAAUAGAUAUAUUUAUGUAAAAUAUAUAUUAAUAUAUUUUUUGGCCAUUUUUAGAAAAUAUAUUAAAAAUAUAUAAUUUUUGUUUAUAUAUAUAUAGCCUCCAUGUAAUACACUCACAUACAACAGAUUUGAAGAAAAACUUUAAUUGCUGUCUAUAACAUGUGAAUAUAUGAAAUAAGCAAAUGGAAAUAUAUUUGGAAAUUUAUUUUUUGACCCUAAAAUACAUUUAAAAAAUAUAUUUUGGUAUAUGAUGGUUGAAAACAUUUAUGAUUAUUAUUAUUUUUAAUUUUCAAAAACAUAUCUCAUUGAGUUUCACUGUUU